UGGACUCUCGGGUGAUGGCGGCGCUGGUUGUGUCCGAGACUGCGGAGCCAGGAAGCCGAGUCGGCCCUGGCAGAGGUCGCAUCUCUCGGGGGCGACUGGCCAAUCAGAUCCCCCCUGAGAUCCUGAACAAUCCCCAGCUACAGGCUGCUGUCCAAGCUCUGCCUUCUAACUACAACUUUGAGAUCCCCAAGACCAUCUGGAGGAUCCAACAAGCUCAGGCCAAGAAAGUAGCCUUACAGAUGCCAGAAGGCCUCCUACUCUUUGCCUGCACCAUUGUGGAUAUCUUGGAAAGGUUCACAAAGGCUGAGGUCAUGGUGAUGGGUGAUGUUACCUACGGGGCUUGCUGUGUGGAUGACUUCACUGCAAGGGCUUUGGGAGUUGACUUCCUGGUGCACUAUGGCCACAGCUGUCUAGUCCCCAUGGACACUUCAGUUCAAGACUUCCGUGUGUUGUAUGUCUUUGUGGAUAUCCGGAUAGACACUGCCCACCUUCUGGACUCAGUCCGCCUCACCUUUACCCCAGGCAGCUCACUCGCUCUGGUCAGCACCAUUCAGUUUGUGUCAACUUUACAGGCAGCUGCACAAGAGCUGAAAGCUGACUAUGGCAUCAGUGUCCCGCAAUGCAAGCCCCUGUCCCCUGGGGAGAUCCUAGGCUGCACAUCCCCUCGUCUACCCCAGGAAGUAGAAGCUGUGGUGUAUCUUGGAGAUGGCCGCUUCCAUCUGGAGUCUGUCAUGAUUGCCAACCCUAAUAUACCUGCUUACCGGUAUGACCCAUAUAGCAAAGUCCUAUCCAGAGAAUACUAUGACCAUCAGCGCAUGCAGGCCACUCGCCAGGAAGCCAUUGCUGCUGCACGCUCUGCCAAGUCCUGGGGCCUUAUUUUGGGAACUUUGGGCCGCCAGGGCAGUCCCAAGAUCCUGGAGCACUUGGAAUCUCAGCUCAGAAACUUGGGACUUCCUUUCGUGAGGCUGCUGCUCUCUGAGAUCUUCCCCAGCAAGCUCAGUCUACUUCCUGGGGUGGAUGUGUGGGUGCAGGUGGCAUGUCCACGCCUCUCCAUUGACUGGGGUUCAGCCUUUCCCAAGCCACUGCUGACACCCUACGAGGCAGCCGUGGCCCUGAAGGACAUUUCUUGGCAGCAACCCUAUCCCAUGGACUUCUACGCUGGCAGCUCCUUAGGGCCAUGGACAGUGAACCACGGUCGGGACCAAGCACCCCGGGGUCUCUCCCAGCCUGCAUCGGGCAAGGGCCCCGCCUUCUCUGAGUCCCGCCUUAGGGGUGUUGCCAGCACAGGCCCUGCCCCCUUACAGGUCCUACUUCCGUUUGGGAAGGCCUGCUUCCGGUCGCUCUGCGGUAUGGCGGCUCGGCCGACCCUGAGAGUGCUGUGUCUAGCCGGCUUCCGGCAGAGCGAGCGGGGCUUCCGAGAGAAGACUGGAGCGCUGAGGAAGGCGCUGCGCGGUCGCGCAGAGCUCGUGUGCCUCAGCGGGCCGCAUCCGGUCCCCGAGGCAGCGGCUCCAGAGGGCCCAGGGCCAGACUCGGGGCCCUCUUCUCCGGAGGAGCAACCUCGAGGCUGGUGGUUUUCUGAAGAGGAAGCAGCUGUUUUCUCAGCUCUGGAAGAGCCCACAGUGUGCAGGGGUCUGGAGGAGGCCCUGGAGACGGUGGCACAGGCCCUUGACACGCUGGGGCCUUUUGAUGGACUUCUUGGCUUCAGCCAGGGGGCCGCACUAGCAGCUUUUGUGUGUGCCCUGGGUCAGGCAGGCGACCCUCGCUUCCCCUUGCCAAGAUUUAUCAUACUUGUGUCGGGGUUCUGUCCCCGAGGCCUUGGCUUUAAGGAACCCAUCCUGCAGAGCCCCAUGUCACUGCCUUCACUUCAUGUUUUUGGGGAUACUGAUCGAGUCAUCCCUUCUCAGGAAAGUUUGCAGUUGGCUAGCCGAUUCCUUGAUGCCGUCACCCUCACCCACUCUGGUGGUCACUUCAUUCCAGCAGCUGCAUCCCACCGUCAGGCCUACCUUAAGUUCUUGGACCAGUUUGCAGAAUGAAGGCUGGACAAAUGUCUCCACACUGCUCCCACUUUCUCUAGCAGCCGGCUGUCUAAUGCCCUCCUGUGCACGCCUCACCAUGGCUACUUAAAAGACAACUAUCAGUUCUCAGGACACACAUAAGACCAGAGAGCCUGUGAGGAGACAGUGGUGGGCAAACAGGGGCUGGCACCCCUGUGAUUACCAAACAAUAAAGUGAUGGUUUAGAUUUUGAAUGUCUUUCUCCUGUUGCACAGACCCUGGGGGCAACACCAAACUAGCAAUUACUUGCAGCUGUGAGCCCCCAGAACACAUUUUUGGUGGAAUUCAUUGUUUUGUAGCUUUAAAUUCUGCUUAUUGUGUGUAUGGGUGUACACUUGUGGAGGUCAGGAUAACUGCAGGUAGUUGAUUCUUUGAACCAUGUGGGGUUGUUUUUUUUUUUUUUUGAACUCUGAUCAUUGGGCUUGGCAAGUCAUGCCUCUACCUUUCAAGCCAUUUCACCAUCCUUUUGUGGGAGUUUACAUCCCAGACUGAAGAAGCCAGAUAUCUUUCCCAGAUGACACUUAGCAAGGAUCUGCUUGGGUUCAUCUGCUUUUAGGUUUCCUACAUCUGAUCCCUGAGAAUUGGGAGUUGGCUUUCUUUUGGUCCCUGGCUUGGUCUUUGCUUUCUCUUCCAUAACUGUUCCAUCCCCUCUGAACUCUGUAGUACCAUAUGUUGGAUAAAGGCCAAAGACAGCACAGAAUAAACUGCCUUUUCCUAAUGAACCCA